ACUAAGAAAAUGUUGACGAUUACCGCCAUUUUGCUGUUGGUGCCGUACAUUCAAUGUCACGUAGGUGUUGGGGUAGUUCAACUAACUCCACCAAUCACAAAACUGGGAGAGUCGCUCUUCUGGGACAGCGAAAAGCAAGCCAUAUACCUCGUAGAUGUGCUAGACAGUACCGUAUACCAAUAUAUCCACGGAUCCAACGAAGUCACCCACACCAAAAUUGACUCGAAAACGAUUGGUGCAGCGAUACCCAUCAAAGGCAGAGCAGGUGAGUUUAUCGUGGCUGCCUAUCAAGACCUGCUGAGGCUCGAAUGGGAUGGUCGCAACAAUACUGGAAAGGUAACCAAGUUAAAGAAGAACUUUGAAUUUGCACAGCACGAGCAGUUCUACGAAGCCAAAGCUGACUCUAAGGGUAGAUUAUGGAUUGGAACGUACCAAGUGAUCAACAGAGAGAAGUACCAAUGGGUCGAAGGUGGGGGUUCUCUAUACAGCAUCACCGUAAACAAAAACGAUUCGGUGAAUAUUAAAAAGAAAGUGAGCAAUUUGACGUUCCCGAGCGGCCUUUGUUGGUCCUUGGACGACCGAUUGCUGUACCACGUGGAUGCACAUCGCGGACAGAUUAAAAAAUACAAAUUUGACAUCGACAGUGGAAAUUUAGGCAAAGGCGAGGUAUUUUUCGACCUAGCCAACUAUCCUCACCUUACUGGAGGGCUGGACGCCCUAGCCAUUAAAGAAGGUGUCAUCACAGUUCCUUUAUACAACGGAAGCGUUAUACUACACAUCGACGAGGAGACAGCAGAAGUACACAACGUCGUACCCAGUCCGGUACCAUUACCAACUUCCGUAGUAUUCGGCGGACCACACAAUAAAACAGCAUACAUUGCAUCGUCAGACUUUCGGCUUACCGAGCUAGAGAAACGACUGAAUCCUUUCGAUUCAAAGGCCGUUUUUGCCUACACUGGAUACGAUUUUCCGAACUCGCCGUCGCACAGGAUUGUUAUCCAUUAAAAUAACACCUUUUAUAAAAAAAUAAACAUUGUGUUAUAGGGUGUUUUCU